AAACAUAUUCUUCUCGUCGUUACCACUUGAUUUCUUUUUGGUUCCGUCUGACUCAGAAAAUACUUUUUUGUCCCAUCAAUUCAAUUACACCAUUUUAGUUUUGAACUUUCGACAUAAAAAAGUAGUCCCGACAAAAAAAAUCAAACUGGUUAGAUUUAUACUCGAGAAGUAGCACGUUAUGUUGAAUAGUUGACUCAUUCAAUUUUAAAAUGAUUUCAACAACUUUUAUUAUAUUUUUAUUCGUAUCUCUUGGAAAUGCACAACAAUGCUCAACACCUCAGACGUUAUACACUUGCUACAUAUCGUAUCUAGGAAAAUAUGGAGUAGUUCCUGAUGAUGGAUAUUUACCUCCAUCCGAAUUUAUAUUAAAUCAAAUGAUGACUCAUGGACUUCCAGUUAUUUGCAAAGAUUUUGAAGAACUCGUAAGUUGCCUUGGAACUGCUUCUACUUAUUGUGUCAAUCUCAAUGUAUUUGUUGCGUAUACGACUGGAAGACAUCCUGAUAGAGAAGCACUUGCAUACUUGCAAAACCACGCAUUUUUUGAAUUCGCUUGUGGCUCUGGAAGAGACCUUUUUAUGAAUAAUCUUGAUUGCAUUCAAAGAUCAUUCCAACAGAUUCCACUAACGAACCGUAUGCAGCAAUGCGGUCAAUCUAGUUUGGCUAUCAAUGAAGAUUCCUGCCCGUCGACUCUCCAGGUGACUGAUUGUGUUCGGCAACAAAUGAAUGAAGCAUGUGGACCAAGUGCUGGAGCGGCUGCUUGUGGGGCUGCGACGAAUAUCGAACGUCGUCUUGACUUCCUGGAUGCAGCCUGUCUCACAGAAAUGGAUGCACGAUGCUCAGUGUGUCAACUCAAGAUUCUCACAUCAAUUAUUAUUUUAUUCAUUCACCGACUUAUUUUCACUUGAAUCAAAAAUAAACGAAUAAAAACAA